GUUAGAGGUCUUCAUCCUCUUCUGUUUCUGUCUCGUCAUCGGUGCAGCGAUAGGAGGUCUUCUACACGUCUGGAUGGUCUACAGUCUGAACUACCAGCCCUUUACCUCAAUGGUGGUGUCCAGUACCUGGGGCUGUAUAGUAGUCCUGCUGUUGCUCCUCCUCCACCCCGUCCGCUGUGUCCUCUCUAUGUCAGUGCCCUCCCUGGGAACCAAACAGGGCAGGAAGAUCCUCAUCUCCACCGCCCUGGUUAUUGUGGUGACCAGCUGCAUCCCCAACAUGACCAGGAACUUGAGCCGCUCCGUUGAUAUGAUCAAGUGCUCCUCCCACAGCACCGCAGAGAGAAUCCUGGCCUCCACCAGUCAAGUAAACAACGCCCUACACGACAUGAAGAAUUUCAUCGGAAGCAUACCGAGAAUUGUGAACAGCGACCGGUUCUUGCAGAUGGAGCAGAAAGUGGAUGUGGAGGAGAUGAAGAUGGGUAUCAGAAACGCCUCGGCCAGACUGAAGGCUGAGUUCAAAGCCAUGCAGGAUACUCUGGAGGUCACAGGUCACGUAGCCCAGAAGGUCAUCGCCUCCUCCUUCAUCAUGCUGCUGCUGGGGAGUUCUGCCAGUUACCUGGUCAGGUAUCUCACAGACCUAAAGCACGACAAUGUGUGUCAGACACACCAGCUACAGGAGUUACUGAGGGCCCGCGGGGUGGAGGAGCUCCCAGAGGCCUACAGAAAGAGGCUGGUGAGGACCAGGGGCUGGAGGAUGACACAGAGGGAGCUAAGACGAUGCCUGUGGGGAGGCACCAUCCUGGGCUUCUACUGCCUGGUAUGUGCCCUGGUCCUAGGGUUCGACCACCUCAUCUACUCUGUCCUGCAGACGUCUCUGAGCUGGGCACAGGACAUUCCUGAGGUGAAAACUACCAUCUCACUCCGUGUGACGAUUACAGCCCUAAUCAUUGGCUUUAUCCAUAAACCUGUGAGGGAAAUGAACAAAGAGUAUUGCUACAGGAUCCUGCUGUUGCCCCCGGACUGCGUACGUCCCCUGUCCCCCCCAGACCCGUCUGUCCUCUCCACCACCGCAGCCCUCUUCCUCACCGCCCUGGUCAUGAUUCUGGGAGAGGUGUUCUCCAGGAGGAUCAGGAGGAAGAUCUGCUCGUCCUUCUACAGAGACAGAGAGGAGGAACGAGCCUUGUACCUGCGGGACAAGAUUCUAUUAAAGCUGGAGGAUGAGGGAAAUAUUUCCUAGAUCGGUAAACUGGAAGGCGGAUCAGACCAUAAACCUUGGGAACAAGAUUCUACUGCAGACCAACGAUGACUGGAAAUGAACAAGAUUCUACUGCAGACCAACGAUGACUAGAAAUGAACAAGAUUCUACUGCAGACCAACGAUGACUAGAAAUGAACAAGAUUCUAAAUAUACACAAAUCAAUCAAUCAU